GCGCAUGCCACGAAAGUCCCUGGCCUCAUAUUCCUUAGUGGACAGACUCCGUUAGACAAGAACGGAAGGCUUGUAGAAGGUGGAAUCAAGGAGCAUACUGCUCAAUGUAUUGAAAACCUCGGAAAUGUCCUCAGUGCUGCUGGAUCUUCUUGGGAAAAGGUCGUCAAGGUCAAUGUUUAUCUUAAGGACAUGGAUAACUUCGGUGCGAUGAAUGAGGUAUAUGAGAAGUUGCUUCCCAGUCCUAAACCGGCGCGAACCUGUAUUCAAGCAGGAAAGCUUCCGAACGAUGUCGAUGUUGAAAUUGAGGCUAUUGCUGCCACUUGCUAA